UUUCUCCCCACCAUCGACUUUCCACGGUCGAAUCACAGCUGAGAGCACAACAUCAAUGACGACGAACUGGCCAACGAAACUUAGCGUCAGUUCCGUUUUUGAUCUAUGGUUGCUUGUUGAAAGACAUUGCUUGCCUAUAAUCUUACGCCAAACCUUUCAAGAAAACCACGCGGCGUGCCCGUCUUAGUGCAAACUUCCUUGACGCACCACUGAACGAGGGCGCAAAGAACGAGACAGCUCCCGAGGAACCGUGGUUGACCGUGACCCAAGUCGUGUCAUAAACAUGUCCAUGCCGGCGGCGUACAAGCCAUCCCCGCUGGGCUACGGGUCGCAGCGAUCUUCGCCAUUCCGACGCCCACAAUCGCCAGCAUCCCCUUCGACCUUGCGGCAGUCCACGACAUCGGCAUCGCCAACGAAGCAGGGCCCUUCCGAUGCCCCUACUAGGUUUAUGAGCAGUCCAGUCGCAAGCCCCACACAAAAGCUGAGGUCGCCGCAUGCGCAUGCGACAGCGGAGGACGGAUUGGAUGCACCCGUCCCCCAGCAGCGCAGCACUCCUCGAACUGUGGUCGCGAGCACUGUGGGACAUGGAAGCGCGCUGUCUCAACUGCAGCCCGCGCAAGUCCGGACCAUGCGGGAAGCAUUUCAGAUCUUGGAUCGCGACAGCGACGGCGUCGUAAAUAGGGAAGACGUCAUGGAUAUGCUGGACCAGCUCGGACUGCCGUCGACUGCCUCGGACGUCUCGCAGUUCUUUCCGCCAUCAGCACCGCAGACGAUGACAAUGGCCAUGUUUCUCAACUCAAUCUCGACGUCGCUGGCAGCCUUAUCGCCCAGCACAGAACUGCUGUCCGCGUUCUCAGCCUUUGACGACGACGACAGUGGCCAAGUCGACGUCGCCGAGCUGAGAGAUGCAUUGUUGCACACGGCACCAGAGCCGGGCCAGCAGCCCUUGACAGCGCUGGAUGUCGACAAAGUCAUUGCAGGUUUCACAGGGCGCCGGGCCUUCAGCAAAAGCACAGCCACAGGGCUGGGCAAGCGGGGCGAGGUAUUCAGGUAUCAGGACUUCGUAAACACAAUUGCUGGAGGGAGCGGAGGGGCUGGGCGGGCCGCGGACGAAGAAGCAGAGGACGCGUGAGCACGCUCGAAGCAACCAACCAGGAGCUCACAUGGGGUUUGUCAACAAACUGCUUCGACGACAAUGCAUUGGGCCAUCGCUUGUGCGGAGGACAGGGUAAGGAU